CAACCCUCCCAUUUAUCUCCCUCUCUUUCUCUCCUCAUGUUUCUCUCCUCUCUCCUCUUCAUGUUCCAACACAGGCAUCUUCAAGAGCACCUGCUACAUCGAUGUGCGCUGGUUUCCCUUUGAUCUCCAGAGGUGUGACCUGAAAUUUGGCUCUUGGACCUAUGGGGGCUGGUCUCUGGACCUACAGAUGAUUGAGGCAGAUAUCACAGGUUACAUCCCCAAUGGAGAGUGGGACCUAGUGGAGGUGCCGGGGCGCAGAAACGAGCGCUUCUACGACUGUUGUAAGGAGCCUUACCCUGACGUAACCUUUACUGUGGUGAUGCGUAGACGUACCCUCUACUAUGGCCUCAACCUCCUCAUCCCAUGUGUUCUCAUCUCCACCUUGGCCCUGCUUGUCUUCCUGCUGCCUGCAGACUCUGGGGAGAAGAUAUCACUGGGGAUAACAGUGCUGCUCUCACUGACCGUCUUCAUGUUGCUGGUUGCAGAGAUCAUGCCUGCAACCUCUGACUCAGUACCUCUAAUCGCUCAGUACUUUGCCACCACCAUGGUCAUUGUGGGUCUCMCUGUGAUCGCUACGGUUCUGGUCUUACAAUAUCACCAUCACGAUCCUGAUGGAAGCAAGAUGCCUAAGUGGACUCGGGUGAUUCUGCUCAACUGGUGCGCCUGGUUCCUGCGUAUGAAGCGGCCCGGUGAGGACCGUGUACGCCCGGCCUGCCACAACAAGCAUCCCCGUGGGAGCCUCACCAGCCUGGACCUGAACGCCAGCGCCUCAGCCCCCCACUCCACCAACGGCAACAUGCUCUACAUCGGCCUGGAGAGCAUGCACUACGCUACAGCUGCCACCUCCCCCGACUCCGGGGUGCUGUGCGGCCGUCUGGUGUGUGGUGGGAGGGAGGACGAGGUGCUCUUGCCCACGCGGCCCACCUCUUCGGCGGGGAGCCUGGAGCCCGAUCUGGCCAAGAUCCUGGAUGAGGUGCGCUACAUCGCCAAGCGUUUCCGCGACCAAGAUGAGGAUGAGUUGGUGUGCAACGAGUGGAAGUUUGCGGCGUCAGUGAUCGACCGGCUCUGUCUCAUGGCCUUCUCUCUCUUCACCAUCCUCUGCACCAUCGGUAUCCUCAUGUCGGCACCUAACUUUGUGGAAGCCAUUUCCAAAGACUUCUUUACCUGAGAGCUUGAAACGUUCACAUGCAAUACACUACAUUGUUUUUGAAAUCUUAUGGUUGCAUAAUCACAUUACAAGACACAGAGAUUACUUAUAUCAAAUGAUUGAAUAUUUGUCUGUGAUAUAGAGAGAGAAUACAUUAUGUCUGCAUAAAUAUUCCAUUUACAAGAUGUACAGUUUUUUCACAUUCAACCAUUUCCRUGCAGGAUGCUGCAYGAUGUCAUCUGGUGGAAAGUCGUGUUGUAUGUAACUGGCWUAAAGGAAUCUAGGCCUUAGAUGUUACAGCCAACCAACACAGAAGAGUUAAUAGCCAUGCCUUGUAAUAGCUUUAUAAAUACCAAGGUUACUUCAAUUGAAUCCAAUGUGUUUUUGUCCACUUGAGUAAUUGCUUAUUGGCUACCCUUUAUAACGUUUCAAACGUUUUCUCUUAUUUCCGUAAAAGAGAAAUUGAUGGACAGCUUUGGGUUCAAGGUUUCUGUCAAAGUUAUUGUUGGUUUUGUGUUUGUAGAUCGUGUGGUGAUAUGUAGUGUGUAGUUUCUGUGAUUUGCAAUAUCCAUCACAAAAAACCUUUUUGAGUUUCGGCAACUUCAUUGCAUCAUCAUCAUCAUCAUUAUGUCUACAAGAACAAAACACAAUACUCCAUCAGCAUUAUGUUUGCACCUGUACAUUUAAAAAAAAAAAACUAAAAUUGAUUUAUUUGCCUUUUGUUUAUUUACUGAUCAUUUCAAUACGCCGUAGUGCUUGGCUUAGAAAGCAUCCCUAGAAGAUUUGUAACAGGUGCAGCAUGUCCUCCACCAGCCUGGUCUCAUAGACUAGACGUAACUAGUAAAUAUAAAUCCGGGACUCUCAAAUUAGUAUAUGUUAUGUUUGGUAUGGUUACAUAAGACAGUGUCUUGGAUUUACGUAAAUAAUAAUAUGAAAUGCUCUAAGACCAGGUGGCCUCCAUUCAUGACAUUCUCACUAAAGUGUUUGUUACCACUUGUUUUUUUAAACAGUUUUACUGUAGAUGCUGUUCAUGGAAUUUGGAGGACUGAUGAUGUCAUACUCCCUCUCUAAAACACAUGAAUGGAAUUGAACCCGUUUUGAUUGAAGCGCCAUCUUUUAUUCUAUUAUCAAGUAGCUGUGCCACAUACAGUAUAUGUUUUGUGGACUCUCACUAAUAAAUGCAUUUUUCUAGAUGUGAA